UUAUCCACUAAAAAACAAAUGCUACUCUGUUAUGCUGCGAAGAAGAGGAUCUAUUUCGCUGUUGUUGCUCAGUUUAGUGCAUGAAGCAAAGGAAGUGAAGGAGAAGCUAUUGGUUGUUGACGGUGGUGGUUUAAACUUUAAAGCAGAUGCAGAUCUGUUCUCCCGUUGUUGCUCUGUUCCUAUUCAUGCUCUAUUCCUAUUCAUGCUCUAUUCAGUGAAGGAGUGCUACUGUUGUUCAGUGGAGGAAGGCAAGGAAGAUGAGCCGAAGCUCAGGAAUAUGAGCCGUGAAGGUUGUCCAAAGGGCUGCCGACGUUGGUGGUUGAGAGCAGGGAGGACAAUGGAGGAAGGAGCUUUGCCUUUUGAAAAUCAGAUCGUGGGUUCCUCGCGAGGUGAGUGGGGAAAAGAUGAGUCUCGAUCACCCAAGAAGGAAUCUUCACCUUCUCCUCCUAAUCCUCCCACUGUGCUCAGAUUGGAUGAUGAGCGUGAGAAAUUGACCGUGACAAAGACGAAAUCAUCUGAAGGUGAGAGGCAGCGGGAAGAGAAGUUCCAGAUAGAUCUGAUGGCUCCUCCUCCGUCGAGAUCAUCACUGGAAAGGGACGGUGAGAUCGAUUUUGAUGCUGCAGAUCCAAAAUCGAUAGCCACAAGUGUGGGGACGGUGAGUGACACAUAGAGCUUGUCCGUCACUACGAUUCAGUAAAACGUCCUUUUCGUGAACCCAGGCUCUUGGGUUCGCCUGGAGGUAAAAGAAAUCUCUUGUGCAUUA